CACGCCCUUCGGUCACUAGGCAACUGUCCUCUGUGCCGUCGCUGUUACUGUUUACACCGUUACCCGGGAAACGGGCAGCCGGGUCCCGCUGAGCAGCCGCCGACCACCGGCACUGCACUAUGAAUAGAAAAUUCAUUUCCAUGAACUGAGUUUUUUAUAAUGCCGGAUCAGGAUGAAAAAGGGAAAAAAUCAGAAAAGACAUCUGAUACCAAAAAACAGGGAAUAUCUUCAAGGAAAUGCUCUGAUCUCAAAAAACUCUGGUCUCUCUUAAAUGUUCAGGCAAGCAAACAGCAGCUCCCAGCUUUAAAAGUUACCAGCACACCAAAGACCCAGCAGAAGUUUGGAAAGAGCCAUGCCUCCAAAACUCAGUGGCAAGAAUCAACUGAAUCGGUGGAACUUGAAAAAUUCAGCAUUAAUUACAAAAAUGAGAGGAACUUUAGCCAGCACUCUCAGCACAACUUGUUUCUUGAUAUCUUCAUGGCACUGGUGAAAAACAGGCUUGGCUGCAGUGAAUGGAUUGACAGAGCCCCAUCCGUUCAUUUGCUGCGAGUCUUGAUCUGUUUGAGAUUAUUAAUCCGGGAACAAUAUUAUCAGGGAGUGCUUCAUCAAAUUGAUGGCAUUGACACUCUUGCACAUUAUAUGCAGACAACAUGUGAUAAAUACCUCUCAUCUGGUGAAGACGAGUUUGACGUUGACAAGUUGGUCAAUAUGACUUAUAUCUUUCAGAAACUUGCUGCUGCCAAGGAUCAAAGGGAGUGGGUGAUACAAUGUGGAGCUCACAAAAUACUAGUAAAACUCCUAGCUGCUAGAGACAGUAAUGUGUUGCUUGGUGCCCUGCUUGCUCUAACAAGUUUGGCAGAAAGUCCAGAAUGCAGAUCUGCAAUUAGUGAACUCAAUCUGGUUGAAAGCCUAAUGAUGAUAUUGCAUGAAUAUGAUCUACUUUCUAAAAGGCUAUCAGCGGAACUUCUACGUCUUCUCUGUUCAGAGUCUGAUGUUAAAGAACAAGUGAAGAUUUACGAUGGUGUUCCCACUUUGCUUAGCUUGCUUCACUCUGACCACCUAAAGCUGUUAUGGAGCGUUGUCUGGAUAUUGGUUCAGAUUUGUGAAGAUCCAGAAAUGAGUGUGGAAAUUCGUACAUGGGGAGGAAUCAAACAAUUACUCCAUAUUUUAAAGGGGGAACAGUAUCUGGUUUCUGAUCGUUCUUCCAUCGGGAGCUUGUCAAGUGCAAAUGCUGCAGGCCGCAUCCGGCAUCUUUAUUUAUCUGAAGAUUUGAGCCCUAGAGAAAUACAAGAAAAUACCCUCUCACUCCAAGCAGCCUGCUGUGCAGCUCUUACUGAACUUGUGCUCAAUGACACCAAUGCCCAUCAAGUAGUUCAGGAAAAUGGUGUUUACAUUAUUGGUAGGAUGAUUUUACCAAACAGACAAAAUGAUUGUAUUAGAAGCAAGUCUACUUUGUUACAGUGUUAUGCGUUCAGAGCAUUAAGAUUUCUCUUUAGCAUGGAAAGAAACCGAGAUCUGUUCAAAAGGUUUUUUCCUCCGGAUUUAUUUGAGAUGUUUAUUGAUAUUGGACACUACAUUCGCGAUAUCAGUGCUUAUGAAGACCUUGCAUCUAAAUUAAAUUCACUACCAGAAGAUACACUGAAGCAAGUCACUGAUGGCAUUGAAGGCAUCAAUCAAAAUAAAACACCCACAAAAUUUAUUGGAAACUAUGCAAUUUUGGAUUACCUUGGAAGUGGAGCAUUUGGGAGUGUCUAUAAGGUCAGAAAACGCAGCGGACAGAAUCUGUUUGCAAUGAAAGAGAUUAAUUUGCACAAUCCAGCAUUCGGUAAAGACAAAAGAGACCGAGACAGCAGUGCAGAGAACAUAAUGUUUGAACUAACAAUAAUCAGAGAACAGCUGUGCCACCCAAACAUUGUGCGGUAUUGCAGGACCUUUUUAGAAAAUGACAAACUCUACAUUGUGAUGGAGCUCAUUGAAGGGGCAUCUCUGGGCGAGCACUUUAAGUCUCUCAAGGAGAAAAAACAGCAGUUUACAGAAGAGCGACUUUGGAAUAUAUUUAUACAGCUAUGCUUAGCACUGCGAUAUUUACACAAAGAAAAAAGGAUUGUUCACAGAGACUUAUCGCCAAACAAUAUCAUGCUGGGAGAAAAAGAUAAAGUCACUGUCACUGACUUUGGUCUGGCAAAGCAGAAGCAAGAAAACAGUAAACUUACAUCCAUUGUUGGAACAAUUCUGUACUCCUGCCCAGAAGUUGUUAAAAGUGAACCAUAUGGCGAAAAAGCUGAUGUGUGGGCAGCAGGAUGUAUUCUUUAUCAGAUGGCCACUCUAAAUCCGCCUUUCCACAGUACUAAUAUGCUGUCCUUAGCUACUAAAAUAGUUGAGGCUGAGUAUAUUCCAGUAUCCAACGGAAUCUAUUCAGAAAAAGUUUCAAAUACAAUAAGAAGAUGUUUGACACCAGAUGCAGAUCUUCGUCCCGAUAUAGUAGAAGUGUGUGCAUUAAUUUCAGACGUCAUGAUGAGAUACAUGGACAGCUUAUCCUCUUGUCAGAUUGCCCUGGAGAAAAAACUGGAGCGAGAGAGGAAGCAUGCACAAAAAUAUUUCAUAGAGGCUAACAAAAACACAGUGACGUACCGCCACAGACAUGCUUCACUGCCUUACGAUCACUAUGAGAAGUCCAGCAUGAGCAGCAGCAGUAGCAGUGAAAUAGCAAGCUGCAAGAGUGACAUUUCCGAGAGUACUAUUAUGUCCAUGGAUUUAUUACAACCACACAAUUGUGAGAAAGGAUCUGAAGUGUUUUCUCCAAAUCACAGCUACUCUGUUGAUAACGUUGCUAAAGAUGUGUUUUCUGAACUUGAAGAUGAUGCAUCUGAUAAUUCAAGUUGCUCUACCUAUUUUAAAGUAUGUGCUACAGGAAUGCAGCAGACAGAUACGCUGAGCAUCAAAGAUGUACUGUACAGGGAGAGCAGAGAUAGACAAUUCAGAAUAUUAUAUUGUACAGAAUAUAGGAUGAAGAACCAUACAAGGCCACAUGCACAAAUGACCUACAGUACAGUAUUGUAUAGAAAUACAUUAAAACGAAGUGUCAGUGCUUCUGGAGAAGAAAUAUCGCAAUCAAGGGAACGUACAGGAAGCACAGGUUCUAAACCAAGACCAGCUUUGCUGCCUAUUGAUCUACUUCUGAAAGUUCCUUCACUGGUGUUCAGAUCUCAAAGUAGAAAACUAGCGACGUGUUUAGGGGCAGAAUGGCCUACACACAGCUUUCCUUCUUUGCUACUUCACAGUCUAAAAUAUUCUGCAUCUGCAGGAAUUGCAGUAUCACAGAGGAAAGUGCGACAGAUCAGUGAUCCUAUUCAGCAAAUUUUAAUCCAGCUGCAUAAAAUUAUCUACAUUACACAGCUCCCUCCAGCUCUACAGGAUAACCUCAAAAGGAGAGUUGUUGAAAGAUACAAGAAAUCUCUGUUCAGUCUCCAGAGCAAUCCCUGUAACCUGAAAGCAGAAAUGCAAAAGGUUUUGCAAGGUUCUCCUGAACUCAUUGAGUUUUUUGCUGCCGACUGCCAUGGACUGCUACAGUCAUAUGGGAAGACACUGAUAGCUGAUGACAGGACAGGAACUGCUAGCACCUUUGAACUUGAUGGUGGAAUAACAUAUGAGCAAUUGCAGACAAUGAUCGAAGAAGUUUUAGAAGACAGUGGCUACUACAAUUUAACUUCAAAUCGAUACUAUUCGUUCCCAGUGGGAGUCAAGAGCCUUUUAACAAUAAAACGAUGAUGGCUUUCACCUUUAAAAGACAGUAUUACUGUGUUUCUCUCCCAACUGAUACAGUUGGUUAACUAAAGCUGCUUAACAUAUAUAGAAGAAGUAAAAUGUGGACUGAUAUGAAUCCCAUGGGAGAACCUCCAGAGACUUGGAAGUGACUGUAUUAUCAGACGAGCUGCGCUUGUUUUGAGAUGCUUUGCAUAAUGAAAUACUCUAUAAAAAAGUACCAUAUCUUUUAUAUCUAAUUGUAUAGACUCCUCGUAUAUCAGAUUAAGUCUGGAAUAGUACUGUAUAUAAGAGUUUUAAAUUGCAGAUUUAAGAUAUAUGAAUAAAUAUAAUGCACAGAGGAAUGGUACAAAUAAAAAACAUGCAUUAUUUUGGUCCUAA